GAACCUUUGACCACUGACAAGGAGCCAGUGACAGCAGUCUUAUAAAACCAGGUCUGUGAGAACGACACUCUUGCAGACGUUUAUAUUCUGUAGAAGAAGCUUUAAAAUGAAUCUUAAAGUGAUUGUGCCCGUCGUUGUAUCCGUCCUGUGUGUAACUGUGACUUUAAUGGCAGUGUUGAUUCCUCGAACGGGCGAGUUCAGGGCAAUGUUCAUGGAGAAAUGUAAGAGUUUCCCAGAGAACAGCACAAGGUGUGAAGAGUUACUGGAUAUUUUUGAAAAGACCUAUGUAGGGAAGAGCCCAUAUUACUUUCCAGAGACAGAAUACGAGCCAGCCUUUGUUGCGGCUCCCUUCACACAUCCAGGUGAAAAAACGCUGCUCUGGAGCGAUAAAGGUGGAAUAUGGGCCAACAAGUUCGCCAAAAAUAGAGACUGUUUAGUCACCCUGGGGGACACUUUGUUGGGAUCUCUGAUGGAUGAAGAGACCUGGUGUGGAUUGAAGGGCCUCAAGGGAACAUACAUGCCAUUUUGCCAGUGGUGCAGCAACAACACUGUUGAUUCAUUCUGGACAAUAGCCUCUAUUAAGUUUGCACGGCAUGCUCUGGGUACGGUCACGGCAAUGCUAGAUGGAGACCUGCGUGAACCAUUCGAUCUUAACAGUUUCUUUGGCCUUGAGACUAAACAGCUCUUCUACCCUCGGGUGACAACGCUUGAUAUUAUUCUGGUCACGGACAAAAAGGGAGUGUGUGAAAAAGCGACAGCUCUUGGGGAACUGGAAGAAUCACUCGGACAACGAAAUGUUAGUUACUCUUGCAAGGAGGUGCCGAGCUCUCACAUCCAGACGUGCAUAGAUAACAACGAAUGUGAAACCUGUUGGUCCAACCUUUCAUCUUACGCACCCAGUAUCCUCCCAAUUUCUUUUCUUCAGGGGAACAUGUGAAAAUGAAUCUCUUCAGGAAUUAAAGAAUAUCAUCAGAAAUAAAGGCAUCAGUUAUCGUUGCGUGACUUCGUAAGUUCACUACAGGUCGUGAUUUUUGGUCAUCCAAAUAAUGAGUGUCACUGCACACUUCACACAGUUAACUUCUUAUUUUGUUUCACUGUAGCUCAGAUUGAGAAGUGCAUCGAAGAAAUCACAACCUGUUGGUGAAGGCGUCUGACUGUAAAACCUCUGGGUUCAUCUUCUGCAUGCCACCUUAAAAUAAAUGUUUUUAUGUUUUGUUAUCUAUUCAUCCAUAUUCAUAUUUGAGCAAUAAAUGGAAAAGAACUA